GCCACCGACCCUCGCAGUCGCAUAGUCCCCACUCCCCACACCUCGAUCGAUCGCGCGCGGGAGCUACCAGUGAGAAGCGGCAUUUGCAUGCAGUGCUAGUGUAUACGUGCGUUGUCUCUCGUCGUGCAUGGGCAAGAAGCCCGGCGGCGCCGGCUGGCUGGCCACCGUCAGGAAGGUCUUCAAGCCCGGCCCCUCCAAGGACCUGCGCCUCGCCAAGAAGCAGAGGGGAGGAGACGAGCAGGUUGUCGGCGAUGCGGUGGAGAUACUCUCUGUGGACCACUUCCCUGGCGCCGAGACGUCGCCGGAGGUGACGACGAACGAAGGCGGCGGCUCCGUCGUCUUCGGCAGGGAUAUUGAGCGGCUGCACGUCGACCGUGACGAGGCGGCGGAGGGUGCCAGGAGGGGUCGCCGCGCCAUGGCGGCGUCGAGGGCGGCGAGGAACGCGGCCGCGCGCGAGAGGGCGGCCGGCAGGGAGGAGCGCGCCGCCGUGCGCAUCCAAGCGUUCUACAGAGGAUACUUGGCGAGGAGAGCCCUGCGCGCGCUACGUGGACUGGUGCGGCUGCAGGCGCUAGUCCGCGGCCACCAGGUGCGUCGACAGGUCCACCUCACCAUGCGCUGCAUGCAGGCGCUGGUUCGUGCGCAGGCCCGCGUCCGCGCCCACCGCCUCACUUCCCACGUCGCACUCCGAACCCACGAGGACGACCACGGCGAGCCGGCGGAGGUGGGACGUGCCAGGAGGAACAGCCACCACGUCGCCGGCGGCGGCGCCGGUGGAUACGCCUACGCGUGCCCUCCUCCUCCGUCGGAGGGAGCGUGGGACGCCGUCCCACUCCCGCGCGCCGAAGGCCGGCGAUGGCACGACGACGCGGCGCUCAGGCGCGAGCUGGCCCCGCCCUACGCGUACGGUUACCAGGAACAGGUGCCGCGCGAGGUGCGAGACGAGCGCCGAGUCGGCUGGCAGUGGCUGGAGCACUGCAUGGCCGGCGUGCAGCGGCCGCGCCACGUGCCGGAGGAUCACCAGAGCGACCAGCUGCAGCACGUCGCCGCCGCGGAGACGUCCUACGUGACGGCGGCGGCCACGGACGGGGUGUCGGAGAAGACCGUGGAGAUGGACGCGGGGAGGAAGCAGAGCCCCGCCAAGGACCUGUACCCGGUGCGCCCUCCGGCGGCUGUCCCGGGGUACAUGGCGGCGACGCAGUCCGCGCGCGCCAAGGCCCGCAUGGCGCCGGCGUCCGCCCCUGUCGUCGUCGCUCCGAGGGCGCAGGCGCACUCCCGGAGCCGGUCCAGCUCACUGGCGCUCGCCGGGGCCUCGACCGCCACCUCGGGCUGGAGCACGAACAACAAUGGCAGCGGCGGCGGCGGACGAACGGCUCAGCACAGAGCUGGGUAUAGCCCGGAGUCGAGCUGCAGCGGCGACCGGACGCCGCCGCCGCCGCCGCUGGGCAGCCGGGGCAGAGCUGCUUAUGCUUGAACCUUGCAUUGGUAACAAACAACUGAUACAGAGUGCUUGGUCUGAUCGUAAGAUUGUCACGCAUCUCUCUCUUGUCCGUUUGGCGUCGUCUUACUGUUACUGAUGUUUUUUUUUUAUUUCUACCGGUUUGAAUGUCGUUUCUUUCUUUCUUUUCUGAAACCAGGCCAUUUUCUCUCGUAUUUGUAUAGUGCAGUAAACUAGUACUACACCA